AUGGAGAUUGGAGACCUUGUCCAGGAGCCUUCAAAUUCCUGCCCUGGCCCCGCGCGCUCUGCUCUCCCUGCCCGCAGAUCCCGAAUGCCCAUGCCCGCCGCCGCCUGCCGGCAUCUGAUGGCUGGGGUUAAAUGGAAACCGGCAUCUUAUGAACAGAUGGAACGUACGAGAGUUGCGCCAGAGAGGUUGUCAUUAAGAUCUAAUAGCGCCAAGUAUCACGAUACCGGGCAUCUUGGUCAUUUUGGGAAGGAUGACAAUCUCAUUUGUCGUUCACUUAAGUCGAUAUCAAAACCAAAGGCAAGACAGUAUGUUAUUGUCAAGGUACAUAAUAAAGAUGUAGAUGAGGGUUGCAGCUCCAAAGACGAUGAGAUUAUUUCUAGUCCAUUUCAAAGGGAAGAAGGAAAUCAGCUGAGGGCACUGGAAUCUUAUUUUUCUAAACUCUAUCCCACUCAGCAGCUAUACUCUUUGCCUCAGAAGAAGCUCAAAAGUGGUCCAUCAUCAUCAAAUGAAGUUGAUGCGAUCAUUGCUGAUGAGGAUGCCAAUUUCAAGAACAGGGUAGGCUCUUUGCAGGUACAGAUUGACAGAGGAAACACAGGUAUCAAGAGUUAUCAAAGUCUCCUGGACAUGCAUACAGAUGAUCAAGCAUCCGGUUUCUGUUUGACAAACUUAUUGGCUGGUAUUAAUAUUGCAGUUCUGUUAUUCGAAAUAGCAAGUCCAGUAAAAAAUUCUGAAAAUGAAUAUUUGUCUCUCCCUUUGUUGUAUGGUGCCAAGAUAAACAACUUAAUACUUUCAGGGGAGUGGUGGAGACUACUAACACCAAUGUGCCUGCACUCUGGUUUCUUACAUAUAGCCCUUGGUUGUUGGGCGUUGCUUAUAUUUGGACCUCGAGUAUGCCGGGCAUAUGGUCAAAUGACAUUUUUUCUGAUAUACAUACUUGGAGGAAUCAGUGGUAAUUUGAGCAGUUUUGUUCACACUCCUGAGAUAACCGUUUGUGGCACAAGCCCAGUAUUUUCUUUAAUUGGAGCGUGGCUGGUGUAUCAGAGUCAAAACAAGCAAGUCAUUGACAAGGACGUUUCAGAAAGUAUGUUCUGGCAGGCUGUGAUAGCUGCAGCUUUGAGCUUCUUAUUGAGCAUUUUUGGGAGAAUUGACAACUGGGCACAUCUUGGGGCAACCAUUUCUGGACUUUUCUUUGGUUAUCUGACAUGCCCAAGUGUAGAAUUUGACAAUUCUGCAAAGAACGGUCAAAAGGAAGCAGUGGUUCUUAUUAGACGACAAGCUCAUCCAUGCAAAUCCACUGCAGUCUUUUUCAUAACCAUACUUGCAUUUGCUAUACUCGCCUUCGCUUAUGGGACACAAUUCAACAAUAUGGAUCUGGAAUAG